GGUCGCAUGUUAUUCGGGAGUCAUUGUAUGACGGACUGGCUCCGCGAUAGUCGCAUUCGUUCAACGAUGAUAAUUAGUACAUCUUUGUAUUUCCUCACAUGAGCCAGAACGGUGUAUAUGAACGCAGGCGCAGCACAUCUCCAGACGGACAGAUCAAGUCAAUGUGUGAAAGCAAAUUUUGGUACAUGAACGUUCCAGACGGCCAGCCGAGUAUUAAUCUUCCUUCAGUCGGGCCCGUAGCCGGCGAAGGUAAUCACCAGAAAGAACCUCACGUCAGAUAUAUGCAAUCGGAGAGAAAAAAGAAAGGGGGAGGGGGUUGCAAAAACAAAGAUGAGGCAAAAUGUAGGAAAGAUGAAAAAGUCAAAAUGGGAAUCACGCCCGGAAAAGGCAGAGACCAAAACCCGCUUCCUAUCCUUGACUCCAUCACGCCGCGUCCCAUCUCCGUAAUACGUAGCGCUCGUUUACAUAGCCGUACAUUCCGAUAUUCAAAAAGAGACGAGAAGAAAUUGGAAAGGAAAUGUGGGGACAAGAAAGGGGGAUGUGGGUGAGGUGACGGUGAGGAUGCCCCCGCCAAAUGCGGGUCCCCGGGGAUUAUGUCCAGCCUGCCGGGAAGGGUUGGGUGUAUGUGGCCGAGAGGGGGAAAGGCGAGGGAAGCAUCAUGCGCAAGAUAGGCGAUCGGCGGAGAAACAAACCGAGGUGUUGCUGGAGUCUA